AUGAUUCACCCUUUCUUAUCUCUCUCUCUCUCUCUCUCUCUCUCUCUGUAUCUAUGUCCCCCCCACCCCGUAAAUGAUACUUUCUUAUCUCUCUCUCUCUCUCUCUCUCUCUCUCUGUAUCUGUUUCUGGCGCACAACAUGGCCUGGUUCGAUUACCAUAUGUCCCCCCACCCCGUAAAUGAUACUUUCUCUCUCUCUCUCUCUCUCUCUCUCUCUGUAUCUGUUUCUGGCGCACAACAUGGCCUGGUUCGAUUACCAUAUGUCCCCCACCCCGUAAAUGAUACUUUCUUCUCUCUCUCUCUCUCUCUCUCUCUGUAUCUGUUUCUGGCACAACAUGGCCUGCUCUCUCUCUCUCUCUCUCUCUCUCUCUGUAUCUGUUUCUGGCGCACAACAUGGCCUGGUUCGAUUACCAUGUUACAAAUUACCAUGUUACAUUACCAUGUUACAAAUUAG